AUGGAGUGUGACGAUGAUGCUAGUUCUGUCUGCUCAGACUGGACAGAAUAUUUCUGUGACAGUUUCAAACCUGCUUGUUUUGAGAAGACAUGGAGCCUUGAUUUGGAUAAGCUGCCAUUGCAUGCCGCAGUUGUAAAAGGGAACGCAGCAGUUGUGUUGGCACUGCUUGAAUCACCAACCUUUCCCGUGAACGAGCAUAUCGACUUGAUCAAUCACAGCACUAAUGGAGCACCCCUGCACGAAGCUAUACGCAAACAGCACCUUGAAAUGGUCGAAAUCUUGCUGGACUACGAUGCAUUCGUCCAUAGACGCGCCCCAGACGAGUAUGGAGACUUAUCAAUUCCGGCUCUCACCAUUGCUGUUAAGCUAGGAGAUGUGGACAUAGUUCGAGCGCUCCUUAACGCUGGGGCAGAUCCAGCCAUUACCGAUCGUCGAACACUAGCAAUCGCAGCUGAGCUAGGACAUGCCAAUGUAGUAGAUGCGCUUCUUUUGUGGAGUAAAAUGAAGAAGACACCACUAGACGUGACUGAUGCUUUCAAGAGGGCAGCGGCAGAAUGGCAGGACAAAGUUAUAUUGGAAUUCCUGAAACACGGAUUCAACGAAAACGAAGUGUUGGAAAAGGCUUUGCUCUCCACGGUCAACGCGAGAACAUGGGGAGAGAGCGAUGUGAUCCCAUACUACACAAGAUUUGAGCAGCAAUGCCGGGCCAGGCAAAUUUCAGUAAUAAAAAUAUUAAUCAAGGCAGGAGCCCGCAUUGAUGAAAAAAACAUCCCUGACCAGGGAAUGAAGCUCCUGGCUUUGUUAUAUAAUGCGGAGAACAAGAGCCGGAUCCCACAGUGUGGAAUUACUCCCCUUCAUGCUGCCGCAGCUUCUGCCACCUCGGUUGAUGCUAUUGAGGUGCUCUUGGAAGGACACGCGAGCGUAAACGCCGUCGAUGACUAUGGGCAAACACCCCUAUUCCACGCCGCAAUAAGUAACGACAUCGACAUCUUUAAAGAGCUCCUGGAUUGGGGGGCAGACGUUAAUGUCAAAGACCAUUUUCACACCACCCCACUCCACAUGGCGGUGCGAUUUUCGGCUCCUCCUAUAUCGAAUCUCCUACUGGAACGUGGCGCAGAUCCACUAGCAAAAGAUUUGAACGGCUUGACACCACUUCAUGCGGCAGCUUUCAGUGGCUUUGAAACAAAUCUUCCAGUUAUACAUAGACUUCUCAAACUCGGAGCUGACAUAAACGCACGGACCAGGAGCGGCAAGACUCCUUUGAUGUACGCGCUGGGAAGCAAACGUACGGCUAAGAUCAAGUAUUUGCUUGAGAGAGGGGCGGAAGUCAAUGCCACCAACCUGCAGGCAGAGACAGCAUUGUGUACAGCAAUCCACCGCGACGUCGAUGUGUCGAUUGUUAAGGUGCUUCUGGAUUAUGGCGCAAACACCGUCGGGUUGAAUAACAGUACUGCAUUACACUGGGCAGUCGAGUCACCCAGGCCUAUUGCAAUGGCAAAAUUCCUCUUGGAGUAUGGACUAAGCCCAAAUGUCGCGGACGUGUUUGGAGCCACACCCUUGAUCUAUGCAGUUAAGCUGCGAGCUUUCAGGGAAGAUUGGAAGAUCAGGCCUGAUCUGAUCAAAUUAUUCCUUAGGCAUGGUGCGAACGCGAAUGUGGUUGAUAAUGAAGGCCGGACUGCAAAAGACUGGGCAAGAGUUGUUAGAUUCACAGUCUUCGAUUGGAACUGGGGCUGGAAGGGCGUAUACGGAACACCAUCAAUCUCCGAGAGCGCAGCCAUGUAA